AUGGCUUCCGAGAAGAGAACCGACGCCACCGACCUCGGGGUCGAAUCCAACCAGGACCUCCGACACCUCGAAAAUGUCGGAAUUCACGACAAGGGCCUCAACGCCAGUGCCAUAGAGGCCACCGCGCAGGAACACAGCAUAGGGUUCGUCCAGGGCUUCAAGACGUAUCGCAAGGCUGCCAUGUGGUCUUUUUUAAUCUCCAUGACCGUCAUCAUGGAGGGCUACGAUGUCACCCUGCUCGGCUCCUUCUACGGGUAUCCUACCUUUCGCGAAAAGUACGGCAAGGUCUACAAUGAAGAGAACGGUUAUCAGAUCUCAUCCGUCUGGCAACAGCGCUUCAACUGCAUGGCCGCCGUCGGCAAUAUUGUCGGUGCUCUGCUCAACGGCUGGGCCACUGCCCGCUGGGGUCACCGCAAGGUCCUCAUUGGCAGUCUCGCCUGGCUCUCGGCCUUUGUCUUUGUGGUUUUCUUUGCACCCAACAUUGAGAUCCUGCUGGUCGGCCAGACGCUCUGCAACGUUCCAUGGGGUGUCUUUGCCACCACGGGCCCUUCGUACGCUGCCGAGGUGACGCCCCUGGCCAUUCGUGGCUACAUGACGUCCUACAUCAACCUCUGCUGGGUCAUUGGGCAAUUCAUCUCGGCCCUUGUCCUCAACUCGCUCGUCGACAACCCGACGCGCUGGGGCUACAAGAUCCCCUUUGCCCUGCAGUGGAUGUGGCCUGUCCCUCUGGCCCUCGCCGCCUUUUUCGCCCCCGAGUCGCCCUGGUUCCUCGUCCGCCAGGGUCGCCUGGAGGAGGCGAAGCACUCGCUCAAGCGCCUCUCCGAGCCGGAGCAUAACAUUAACUACGACAACGCGGUCGCGCUCAUGGUGCACACCAACAUGAUUGAGAUUGAGGAGACGGCGGGCGCCAACAUCUGGGACACCUUGAGGGGCACAAAUCUUCGCCGUACCGAGGUGGCUUGCAUGUCCUUUCUGUCCCACAUUACUAACGGUGGUGCACUGUGCUACUCCGGGUCCUUCUUCUUCCAGCAGACUGGCAUUGCCGCCAACACAUCCUACGCCAUCACGCUGGGUGGUAAAGGUCUUGCUUUCGUCUGCACGGUCAUCUCGUGGGCGUUCAUCCACAAGAUCGGUCGUCGCAGGAUUUGGCUGUAUGGUUUCGGCACGCUGGCCUGCAUCCUGUGGACCGUCGGCUUCCUCGCACUGGCCCCUAACCAAACCCUUCCUCUCGCAUGGGCACAGUCUAUCCUCUGUGUCGUCUGGCUGGGCGUGUACUCGGCCUCCGUCGGACCCAUUGUCUACACCAUUGUCGCUGAGAUUGGCUCGUCCCGUCUCCGCACGCAGACCAUCGUCAUUGCCCGCAGCGUGUACUACGUUGGAAACAUUAUCUGUGGUGGUGUCAUCAACCCCAAGAUGAUGGCGCCUGAUGACUGGAACCUCAAGGGUAAGGCUGCUCUGUUCUGGUCCUCGCUUGCCACGAUCACCUUUAUCUGGGGCUAUUUCCGUCUUCCCGAGACGAAAGACCGCACGUUUGGUGAGAUGGAUAUCAUGUUCCACAACCACGUCCCUGCCCGCAAGACGGCCAAGUAUGAGAUUCCCGAGGACGACUUUAACCGCACUGGCGACGCCGACCCCGUCAUUGGUGAUGAGAAGACGACUACUUUGUAG